GCGGGACGGUUCGCUCCCCACUAAGUUUAUUUUGCCCUCUGCGGGAGAUCAGAUCGAGUCUCCGUGAAGCCGCUGACAGCCUCCACCAGACGUGGGGAGGAAACCGGCUGCAAUCCGCUGACUUCGGGACGGCCGCGUGCAGAGGCAUGGCCGGGUUCUAGAGGUUCUGGCGGUUCCGGGACUGUGCUGGUGCCCCGAAGCGGAUCGUGCAGUGCGACUCCAGGCGGCUCAGAAGGAAACCAUAUCUGGUCAAAGUAUUCGCGGCUGUCACCCAGCGGGACGUCCAGCUAUAAAUAGCGUCGGAGGAGGAGCUCUCCAGGCACUUGGCUGCCUUCUCUCUUAUUUUGCUCCUGAUCUGUGGGUCACUAAGGUCUUCUGCCAUCAUGUCGGUGUUGAGGAAGGAGAUGGAGAAGUACAGGGACAUAGACGAGGAUGAGCUGCUGAAGAAACUGUCAGAGGAAGAGCUGCAGCGAUUAGAGGACGAAUUAGAGGAACUUGAUCCAGACAAUGCGCUUUUGCCUGCUGGUUUGCGGCAGAAGGAUCAGACCAAGAAAGCUCCAACAGGAACUUUCCAAAGAGACAACCUACUGGCUCAUCUGGAGAAACAGGCCAAAGAACACCCUGACAGAGAAGACCUGGUGCCCUUCACUGGAGAGAAGCGAGGGAAAGCCUGGGUGCCUAAAAAGAUUGUGGACCCCAUUAUAGAGAAUGUGACUCUGGAGCCGGAGCUAGAAGAAGCCUUGGCCAGUGCGACUGAUGCUGAACUCUGUGAUAUCGCAGCGAUCCUGGGCAUGCACACCCUGAUGAGUAACCAGCAGUACUACGAAGCCCUUGCGAGCAGCACUAUAGUCAACAAGCAAGGCCUCAACAGUGUGAUCCAGUGCACCCAGUAUAAACCAGUUCCUGAUGAGGAGCCCAACUCCACUGAUGUAGAAAACACUCUGCUGAGACUAAAGAGGAAUGACCCUGAGCUGGUGGAGGUCAACCUCAACAAUAUCAGGAACAUCCCUGUCCCAACUCUGAAGGCGUAUGCUGAGGCACUCAUGAAGAACACUGUGGUGGAGAGGUUCAGCAUCGUAGGAACCAGAAGCAAUGACCCUGUUGCAUUUGCUCUGGCAGAUAUGUUGAAAGUGAACAGAACACUGAAGAGCCUGAAUGUUGAGUCCAACUUCAUUACAGGGACGGGAAUACUGGCCCUCAUUGACUCACUUCAGUUUAACACAACGCUACAGGAGCUCAAGAUAGAUAAUCAGAGCCAACCGCUGGGUAACAACGUGGAGAUGGAGAUAGCCAGCAUGCUGGAGAAAAACACCACACUGUUGAAAUUUGGAUACCACUUCACCCAGCAGGGCCCUCGCCUCCGAGGCUCCAAUGCUAUGAUGAGCAACAAUGACCUGGUCCGAGUCGUCAGGUCAGAGUCCGAUGGUUCCUUCACCCUGACUCUGUCUGUCCCUGAGCUGGAGAGAGCCUUCGGGAAAAAGUUCAAGUCCAAGACUAAUAAGAAAGAGAAGGCUGGAGGGAGGACCCAUCUUCCCUAAGUGGUCGGACAGAUGUGUAGAGACCAGCGGAACCCUCCAUAAUGAUUCAUCCAUGGCCUCGUUCGAAGCCCCCUUUUCGUCUCACCUCAUUGCUGUCUGACGUCCUACCCAGAAUGCCUUGCACUAUCACCCCCCCCCCCCCCCCCCCCCCCCCCCCCCCACCAAGCACCUCAAUGAAUGAAUCUUUAAGGAUGUAACAUGAUUAUCAGCAAUGACUGUUUGAGCUUCCAGUACACAUCAGAAGAAAGUAGCUUUUCUUUGUGGGUUUGAAAUUUAGACGUCAGAACUUUUUUUUUUGUCAACUUGUUUCUAUGUUGUAAAACUUGAAGAAUUUCAGAUUUUUCUGUCUGUACAAACCAGGCAAAGAUGGCUAUUUUAUUGUUUCUUUAAUUUUUCCUCAAAUGUGCAGAUUAUUUCAUGAAGGGGCCGAAGACCGGUUGUUGUUGAGGGCCCAUUUAACAGGAGAAGGGCCAGUUUGGGUGAUCCUGUUUCUACUGUUGAUUAAAUACUAAUUAUUGCUGUAAGUGUGCUGUAAAUGAAUCAUGCAGGUCUGCACAGUUUUUGUAUUCCAAGCUGUACACACUACAUAUAUAGCCAGCCAAUUUAAUGCCAAAAUUAAUAUUCCAUUUAAAUUCAGUUGGAAAAACAAACAAACAAAAAAACCCCAAAAGAAACCCUGUUGGAUUUAGAACCAAUUGUAAAAAUCUGACAUUGUUUCUUUCCAUAUCUUGUUAUGAUUCACUCUUAGAUUUAUCAGUAAAUUAAAGUUUUGAAGCCUGGCCUGUGUGAGAGCCAUUGCUAUAUAGACAGAAUGUAUUUAUUUGUGACAGAUUUGGGGAUGAUUUCAAUUCAAAUGUUGAACAUCAGCUGCAUUCUGCAUGUAAGAAAAAAAAAUAGAAUAACUGCUGGAUAGUGUAGUAAAGCUAACUUGCCAUAGGCUGCUCGUAUCAGCUAGCGUUCCUGCUAGCCACAAUUUAAAAUUUUAUUUUACUCAUAUCAGAUAAUAUAUUUUAAUCACUCAAAAUCAAUAACAUUCUUGGUGAUACAAUGUACCACUGUCACCUAAAAAUACAAACCUAAAAUAAUAAUCUGACAUCACAUGUGCAAAGAUUGACAUUAUGGCCUGGUGGCCUGUAGCCAAAAAAGCUCCACAGAAUAGCCCAUGUAGGUGGACCCCUGUGGUACACAGUUACACAAACAGCCUCAAUGUGACUUUAAGUUAAAAAUUCAACAACAACAAAACGUAAGAGUACAGUAACGUGACUGUUACCAAACAGUUCUAUGUGAGUACUGUACUUGACGCAGCCAGCUAGCUAGUAGACGUGGAAGCUAUUCAAGUGUGAGUUUACAGAACCUAUUCAUAAUUCUAAUGUGAUUACACAACUUGAACCAGAAAAACAAAAGUUGGGCUAUGAAAGAAAAAAAAAAUUUCAGAGUGAAUAAAAGCUUGAAUAUGACACAUAUAAAGAUGAGACAUUAUGCUGUGUGUGGCGGCAAUUUUGUCAGCUAGCUGAAAAGUCAAGCUCAUUUUUCAUUGGAAACAAUGUGUCAAGAAAAACGUGAACAGUACCUAUGGGACAUGGCUGUGCAACUUGCAGUUAUGUCAUUGAAAAAUACAAAUAGCGUGAAUUAAAUUCAACUAAUAAUUAUCAAUUUUACAUUAAUAUAUAAUAAUAAUAAUUAUAUGUUAAAUAAAUAUAAGCAUGUAUUUUCCGUGAGUUACUGGCUUUUCAUUAUUGAAGUCUCAGAGUUAAAACUAAAAGAGGGAAAACUUGUGCAAAAUUACCUUUUCUGAUUGUAUUUAAAUGAAUCCUAAGUGUAUUGUGGCCACCAAAUUUAGAGAUUUGGUGUCUGUGCAACCAGUGUUGAAAAAUAUUAGCAUCUACCCCUUUUUGUGGAUUUUUGUGAAGCUUUCAUUCACUCAGACUGUAAUAACUCAGAUCGGUGAGUAUUUGAAUUGAUUCCUGUUGCGGGCGGAAAACCACAUCUAUUGUUUUUUUUAUGUUUGUGAUUGUUUGCUACAAUGUGUGAUUCAUCAUGAAAUUAGUAGUACUGUCAACACACUGCGCACUACAAUUAAUCUUUCAGUCCAGGUUUGACGCAUAUUCAUAACGGGUGUUAUAAAUAAAACCACAGGGAUUGAAUGUUUUAACACAUUUUAAGUUUCUGCUUUCAGCAUCCUUCCAUGCAUUUUGCUGUCAGUCUGAAGUGUGGAAUCAACAUGCAAAUGGUACAACAUCUGCAAGGAUUAUUCUCUGAUGUUAGAUUGUUCAGCAAUGGACAUAUUCUCAUCGGAUCACUGUGUACAGUUUAAUGUAAAUCCAACAAAUUGCCAUGAAACAUACACACACACACACACACGACAUGCUGCUGUGUAUGUUGCAGUACCGGAUCUGAUUUCUGUUAAAUGCAUUUUGAGCUGUUAAAUUAGAAAUACUUCAAAAAUCAGCAGCUACCUGACUGGUGUGUGUGAAACUACCUUUUUCGAUGUGAACAUCAUGAUCAACACUCAAGAUUGAAAAGUUCCUGUUGAUAUGUUCAUGUGUUUGAACUAAUUUAACACGGAUAAGACUAUUCAACUAGGUCUAUGUAGCAGUAGUUCACAUCACUGCUUGUUGCAGUUGCUGAUUUCCUUUCAUUGUCACAAUACUGUUCAAUACAUGUUGAUCAUAGAUGUAAACAUAAUGGACUGUUGUUAAUGUUGUUAAAUGUGGACACUGCUCCUGCCACUCACUGACUCCUGUGUGUCCUCUUCUGGCCUGUUCUGCAUAUGAUUAGUUUUAUUUUAGAGGUUGAUUGUGUUUUGUGAUAGUAUACAUUUUGUGGUUGAAUUUUUGUUUAUGAAAUGAAUAAAGAUUGACAGUCACAAUGUC